AUGACCAGUAAAAUGAAUCUAGAUGACUUCUAUUUCGUCCGUACUCUAGGAACAGGGAGUUUUGGUAGAGUAAAGUACGCUAAGCAUAAAGGUGAUGGACAACACUAUGCCGUUAAGUUCAUGAAGAAACAUGAGAUAUUGAAGCUAAGGCAAGUCGACCAUAUCAACGCGGAACGUAACCUCCUGGGUCAAUUGAAUCAUCCCUUCAUAGUCAAUAUGCGGGGAUCAUUCAAAGACACUAGAUUUGUCUACAUUGUGAUGGAAGUCGUUAAUGGAGGGGAACUAUUUACUCAUUUACGACGUGCCAGGAAGUUUACUGAUGAGCAAUCUAAGUUCUAUGCUGCACAGAUAGCUGCUACCUUCGAAUACAUACAUGGCAAGAAUAUUAUACAUAGGGAUUUGAAACCAGAGAACAUUCUUUUGAGUGGGGAUGGAUAUAGCAAGCUCACCGAUUUUGGAUUCGCUAAGGUCAUUGCUCCUGGUGCCCGCACAUACACCUUAUGUGGUACUCCAGAAUACAUUGCACCAGAGGUAUUGUUAAAUAAAGGGCAUGGCAAACCUGUUGAUUGGUGGACUCUUGGGGUGCUUAUAUAUGAGAUGAUUGUUGGGCAGCCACCUUUCUGUGAUGAGGAGCCUAUGGGCAUCUAUCAGAAGAUAUUGGCUGGCAAAAUGUACUUCCCCAAGUACUUCGAUAAGAAUGCUAAAGGACUAGUAAAGAAACUACUCACUGCUGACCUUUCCAAAAGGUAUGGUAAUCUCCAGAACGGUGCUGAUGAUAUCAAGAAGCAUAAAUGGUUCGCAAGCAUUGCCUGGGAUCAGCUAGUUCGUAAGGAGAUACCAGCACCAUAUAAGCCACAGUUGAAAGAUGAGAAGGACAUUAGCAACUAUGAGGAUAUUCCUGAGUCUACUGAGUUACCACCAUCGGUACCUGCUGCUGCUGAUCCUUUUACUGAUUGGUAA